AUGAUUGUGUUCAUUCUUCUUAUUUGCAUGAAUACCUCUAAAUCAUUUAAAAUAUAAACUUUGGACCCUGCAUACUAAGUGGCUUAUUAAUCGGUGAAGAUUGAAGAGGAAAUUUCUUAGCCUAACCAAUGUUUUAAUUUCGGCCUUUGGUCUAGAUACAAUCCCUUAAGUUCAAUAUCCCAUGUUGGUCCAGUUGGAAUAUUUGCUACUAAUUUCUCAAUAUAAUUGAUAUAAUCAAUGAUGAGAUAAUUUUCAUGUAUUACGAUUGUUUAGAUAAUGAGGAAAAUUAAAUAAAGAAAUAUAUCAAAUUUGUGA